AUGGAGGUGACACCUAUGAAUGCGAGUAGUGGUAGGAAGAGCUCCGAGCUACGACACUUACGAUAUGAAUUAAAACGACUCAAGACGUAUUUGGCCGUCCUCGAAUACGACCUUGGACUACCAGAGCAAAAGACGGAGGACUGGGCUGGGGAAGAAUGGAUAUCCAAACGUGGACAGAAAAGGAGGGAGAGGGCAGAACGGAGGAGAGAGCGUGGUCGUGCAGCGCAAAAUGCUCGCGAACGCGUGAGAAAGAGGCAGUUGGGGCUACAUGUACUGCCUUCGCCUUCGCUGUCCGAUGUUCAAAAAGAUGUCAACAGUAAGAUCGACAGGAAAAUAGCGUCCUAUCGAAACCGCAUCAAGCGAACCUCAGUCCAGCUACUUGUCGCCGCUACCGCCGGCCAGCAGUACCGCAAGACAGAUUCAACAACCGGGCAAGACCACCCCGAUGUCCGUCGCACGUCGAGUUCUUCUAACGAGAUGGUCUCUAGGAUGGUUAGGAACUUGAUUAACAAGAAAGCCCGGGGGAAACGCCCAGCUAUAGGUUAUAACCCUAACGACAGCGACGAUUAUAGUGUCAGUGACGAAAGCGACGUUAAUAAUGGUAAUGAUAGCUACCUCGACGACAGUGAUACCAACAUCACUGAGUUAAGUGGUAGUGAAUCCGAAUUCCCAACAUCCAAGUUUGCAGCGGCCUUGAUGGCCGAAGUCGAAGCCGCACCAGGACCUGGAGACUGGGCAGACAAGCUCACGCAACCAGUCAUCGCCAAAUACGCGAAAAAGGGGCCUCCGCUAAACGAUACAGAGUUGCAUUUGCCGCCGCACGCAGAAGAGGAGAAGGAUCCAAGACCACAAGACAAGCCCGCCACUCCAAAGCCAGAGCAGUACGAUCCUAAACAGUGGAAGGAGAUUGGUAGCAUUUUGCAUGAGAGUAAAACAGACAGUACACUCGUCCAUACCGACCAGCCUCCCGAAGAAAUAGGGGUCAUGACUUGGGAGCAACAGGAGAAGGCCUACCCGACGCUGAAGUCAAUUUUGGAGAUGGGAGAGGAAUACGGCCGAUGGGAUCCGGGCUACUUGGACACAGAGAAACCAGACCCAACCCCAUGGGAUCCAGAUCUAAGGGAGCAAAAUGAGUCCAAGCCCGGUGCAGAGCGACUCCCCUUAGAGGCAAACCUCACCACCAAGAUCUCACUCGAAAGAAUACGAGUUGGUUUUGAGCGGCCAGAGAUGAAUACUGAGUAUAUCCGGUACUCCCAGGUCCCGGCUAUUUUGCCAGCGAGGUUAAGCGACGAAGAUAUGAUGCGCGGCCCUCUACCGACGCCGCCGAGAUUACCGUUGAAAGGGCCAUCCGGUCGGGUGAUAACGCUUCAGCCAACGCCAAAGGCUAUUACGCCCGCACAACUCGUCCACGCGAACCCGUAUUUGAAACAACCGCCACAGAAUCCCGUAGAUCCGGCAAACGCUCCUAUCGUUCCCAUCGCUCAGUACCACUACCCUGUCGACUCACCUGUCACUUCAACCUUCAAGUUCAACGAUGGCAAUAAUACCUCGGACGUGGUAAAGCAGGCCCGGGCUACUACGCCUAUCACGGUAAUAUAUCAGAACGCGUCGGUGGCGAAACCUAAGGAACAGGUGCGGAAUGUGAAGGCAGGUAGGGAGGUCCGUUUCGUGGAACAGCCUAAGGAGAUGCCGGCUCAGCAACAAGUGCUAGAACCACAACAUCAACAGCAACUCUUGCCAACAUUAGAGCCCGCACCACGACCACCACCGUCCCAGGCUUCGACCCAACCAAACGCACCCCCCCCUCCUACCCCCCUUCCCACCAUACCCACAGAAUCCCAACCAGCGCCUCCCCCGCCCCCCAGCGGCAACCCGCUCAGCACCAACGACCCCUGGUGGCACUACACAAGCAGCGACGUCGACACGACUCUAUACCCAGCCAAGACAGGAGGCCCAAUCUUACAGCCACUCCAACUCCCUCCCCCCGCCGCCGCCAACAACAACAACAACAACACCCAAACCGAUGCCGACGCCGACGCCGACGCCGACGCCGACGCCCAGCUCCAAACCCAGAUCCUCUCCGAGAGCAGAGCCGCUGCCUCGGGACCGGGCUCGCUUGCCAAGCCGUUGCGGUCGGCGCUGCCGCUGAAGGGUACUGGUGGCGUUGUUAAGAAUGCGCGGAAGAAGGGCCAUGUGCGGUUUGGGGGGACGCAGACUUUGACUUUUGGGGGGGAUAGGUGA